CAAAGUCCAGUCCAUCUUUGCCACAGCGAAAAGACCGAAAAAUCCUGCUUCUUUGAAUCGGCGUCCUCACGGUGAGGACUGCAGCAGCUGUUUCUUCGAUAUUUGGAGUUUCACAUCGUACAUUGAAACAAUCCCGAGCGCGUGGUUUGGCGUCUGAGUGUUUCCCGGCAGUCGAGACAAGGAGAGGGUCUACUUGCUACUCAGACAAAUUUAUCCUUCUUACCUAGACAGAUGGUUGCCGAUAUGGAAUCGCAGAACGAAAUUGAGGAUAAUGGCCUUCCUGACCCUGGAGCGCCUACGCCUCUGUCUGCUCUAGAGGGCAUUGCGGGUCUGACGGCACGAGAUAUAAAGCUCUUCGUUGAUGGAGGGUUCCAUACUGUUGAGGACGUAGCAUACACUCCCAAACGAGUAUUGGAGCAGAUCAAGGGCAUCUCUGAACAAAAGGCGACCAAGGUCUUAGCCGAGGCUGCCAAACUCGUGCCCAUGGGGUUUACGACGGCCACUGAGAUGCAUGCUCGGCGAAGUGAGCUGAUAUCAAUCACAACGGGUUCGAAACAGCUGGAUACUCUUCUGGCGGGAGGUAUAGAAACGGGAUCAAUUACCGAGAUUUUCGGAGAAUUCAGGACUGGAAAAAGUCAGCUCUGCCAUACCCUCGCUGUGACCUGUCAGCUUCCAUUUGAUAUGGGUGGCGGAGAGGGAAAAUGCCUGUAUAUCGAUACAGAAGGUACCUUCCGUCCGGUCCGAUUGCUAGCAGUUGCUCAGCGAUACGGUCUUGUGGGAGAAGAAGUCCUGGAUAAUGUCGCAUAUGCCCGAGCCUAUAACUCUGAUCAUCAACUGCAGUUGCUCAACCAGGCAUCCCAGAUGAUGUGCGAGACGCGGUUUUCACUCCUCAUCGUUGACUCCGCUACGUCCCUCUACCGUACGGACUUCAACGGACGUGGUGAGCUUUCGAGUCGUCAGACGCACCUUGCAAAGUUCUUGAGGACAUUGCAGCGCCUAGCUGAUGUAUUUGGGAUUGCUGUCGUUAUCACGAAUCAGGUCGUGGCUCAAGUGGACGGUGGACCUAGUGCCAUGUUCAAUCCCGAUCCCAAGAAGCCAAUUGGUGGUAAUAUAAUAGCUCAUGCAAGCACCACCAGGCUGAGUCUAAAGAAGGGAAGAGGCGAGACUCGAAUUUGCAAGAUCUAUGAUAGCCCGUGUCUACCAGAAAGUGACUGUUUGUUCGCAAUUAAUGAGGACGGUAUCGGUGAUCCGAGUCCCAAGGACCUGGAAAAGGAGUAGGGUGGGAGAGAAGCCCAUUAUGAUUUUAUCAUGUGUCAUGCAUUACUCUGCUUCAGUUGUACGUUUGUUUUGUGGCAUAGUACUAGGCGUCUGGAUUAUAUGAGUGAAGAAUAGUUAUCUGCCUCAAUGACUUCGUGACUCCUAAUAAAAAAAGCUUUCCUGCGUAAGUUGUGUCCCAAUCACAAUUUAUCAAGUAAUGAUAGACAAUUAUAAAACCACAUUGG